AUGCCCAGAGACGAUCUUUCCAUCGAUUUUGUCCCCAAACACAGACACAAUAUGCCACAGAUCGAGCACUUAGAUACAGCGGGAGUCCUCGAUGAUUGGAUCAAUCGUGUCGCCAAUUUACCCCACGAAAUUGCCUUUAAGCAAGAUGAGAUAGGAGAAAAGGACAAAGCAGUGCAAGAAUGCCUGACUGUCAUCGCGAAGCACGACGGCGCUCUCCAAAAAUGGACCAAGUCAAACGGGGCAAACCAACCAAAUCCAAAGGAGCCAGCCUUGAAAAAGAUAAUUUUGGAAAAUUAUGAAAGAGCAGAGCGCCUUCAAGAUGAGAAAAUUAAGCUAUCCAAAGAGUUAGAAGCGCUUGUUGAGGGGCACGUUCGACGACUCGAUUUACAAAUUAAAGGAUUACAAGAGAGAGGAGAGUUUCCACACGAUCCAGAUCUGCCUUCCCUACUACGACCACAACCGAUUGAUCGAGUCCGGGACGCGCAUGGCUCCACGAGACCAUUGGGUGAACUUAUAAACUCGGCCACCUCUUCUCAUGUACGCCACCCGAGCAAUUCUAGAAUAUCCAUCAGUGUCAAUCAAUUGAACGGCGCAACAGCAUCUUCCGCUCCAGCAACGCCAGCCGCCACCUUACUUUUACAAAGACAAGCUAGGGAAUCAUCCCUUGGUGCGAUCAAUAAGCGACCAAGACUUACUGGAGGGCUGGGUACUUUGCCAGCCGCUUCUAGCGGGCUUGCUCGUCAUUCAUCUAUGACUCCCGGUACUCCCCGUGGGGGUACACCAUCUGCCGUACGUGGUGGCAGUGCUGGACCAAGAAAUAUGCAGAAGAAGAAAGUUGCCCCACAGGGCAGCAGACAGAGUGGUGCUCCACGCAAAGGCAAACCUGGAAAGUCUGGCCUUAGCAGGCUAAAGCGUGGACAUAAGAACUCGCCGUCUUCUGCAAAUGAUAGUGAGCUUAGUGAUGCAGAAUCUGGCUCUGUUGAGGAAGAAGAGGCUGCGGGACGUCAAAACAAGGAUGCUGAUGGAGACGAUGAUAUGGUUGAUGUUGAUGAUGAAGAGGGUGGAGACGAUAAGAAAUACUGCAUUUGUCACAAUAUCAGCUAUGGAGACAUGGUGGCUUGUGACAACGAAGAUUGUCCGUAUGAAUGGUUUCAUUGGUCUUGUGUUGGCGUCAAGAGUGACCCCUUGGGCACUUGGAUAUGUCCAGUAUGUACUCCUAAAAUGCCUAAAAAGGCUUAA